UUUACGCCUGCUCACAUCAUUGAGAGAGCGACAUUACAUUUGAUACAUGAUACGAGCGCAUACUGUUUUCUGACAAAAAAACAACCAAAUAUUUUUCUGUUACACAUAUUUUUUUUCGUUUCCUCGAUUCUUGCUUCACUUUUUAUUUUUCGUUGUUUUCGGACCAUUUUUGGGGUGCGGAAUACAAAUCACAACGAAUUUGAACCAGAGUUUAUUUAUGCAUCCAGACUUUUUUUCAUGCGCAUUUUGCAAAAAAAAAAAACAUUUUUAACGGAUUUUUUGAUAAAAAACAAUAAAGAUUGGUAUUUUUCGUGAAAAUAACUCCAAAACGAUAAAGUUCAUCAACAAUUAGUGAAUCUUUUCAAAUUUUGACAUCAAACAAAGUGCAAAAGGUGAUUUUAGAAAAAAAAUCUUCGACGAUAAAAAAAAAACAAAGAACCAAAAUCAAUAAAGAAAAAAAACGCAAGUGUAUUUUUCGUUGUUCAAAAUCAUUCGAUUCAACGUGGAUUCCUUGCAACUGUAACAACACAAAGGAUUAAAACUGAUUGAAGUGCAUGUUAUAUUUUUAUUGAACGAAAAGAGAGAAUAUUAUAGAUUGCAAUCAGCGAAUGAAAAUAUAAAGAGGCAAUCGAAGCAACGAGUAAAAAAACAGACUUUGUCAAGUGGUUUUUGUUUCUGUAAAUUUUGCAAAAAAGAAAUAAGAAGAAGAAAGCAAUUAAAAUAGAACAGGGAUUUAUUGAUCAACUGAAAGUGAAAUUUUAUUUGUAUAAAUAAAGAGAAAUUGAAGAGUCGCGCGCGCACACCAUAUCAUAGUGUGAGCCAUCAUCGAUUCUCGCGAAAGGUGAUAAUUUCGGAAAAUAAAAAUUGAGAUCAUCGUAAAAAUUGAAUAGACGAAAAGAGAGUUCGGAGUAAAAAAAAAAUAAAGAAAGGAAGGAAUAAGAAAAAUUAAUUGAACCAAAUAAAAAGGAAAGAAACAAAAUAUUGUGUGUAUUGAUUAGAUCCUAAUCAAAUUAUGCCGUCUGUGUAUCGGCUGUGAAUUUUUCGUUGGAAGUGCAGCACAUUAUGGAAUCACCUCAAAUGUAUGAUAGUCCGCAACAGCAAGCAAUAAACCAAAUGGAUAUUAAAAAAAUGGCCACGAACAACAAUAACGGUGCAUCGGUGAAUGGUAGUGGCAAUGGUACAACGAAUACCGCACAAAACAAUAAUAAUACAGCAGUGGUGGCGACGACGGUGGCCGGUCUCAAUCAUAACGGUUUGAUUGUAAAUAAACAACAAGGACAAUUGCAUUUGCAACAGGCCACCAACAAUAAUAAUAAUAAUAAUACAAAUAAUAAUAACAAUAAUAAUGUGCUGUUACAAAAGCAAAUUCUACAACAUUAUUCCGCACAAAAUGAUCUCGACGAGUUGACGUCUCAGGAAAUAAGCUUAGAUCUACAACAUUUAAUCGACGAUCAAUUUCGAGAUCAAGAGGGUUUGGGCAUCUUCUCCGAUUUGGUACCAAAUACAAAUAACAACGCCACCACCACCACCACCAACAACAACAACAACAACAACAAUAAUAACAAUAACAAUAGUGGAUCACAUGCGAACGCCAAUCAAAAUGGUUCGACGGCGACAGCGGCCAAAGUGCUACAAUUGCAACAACAGCAACAACGCAUGAACCAACAAGUUUAUCCACGUGCAGCGCUCGCCUAUAUGCCACAGGCCGUACAUACUGGGGCCACAUAUGGAAGCAACAAUUCAAGCGACGAAAACAGUUCCAUUGGUUCAGAUGCUACGAAUAUCAAAGAAGAAUUGAAUGAACAAAAUUCACACUUGAAUUAUACUUGCUCGUUGCAGGAGCCAGUUGAACCGCAAGAAUAUCGUCGUUUGGCCGCAGCAGCGGCUGUUGCUGUAAAUGGUGGCCAAUUUAUUGGUGUGGGUGGCAAUCAAAAUGUGGCCGUUGGCAGUGGCGGUCUCUAUCAAAUACCACCAAAUUAUGCAUCAAAUGGUAGCGGCAACACAUUCACCACAUUAUCAACGCCAACACUACAUCAUCAAGGACUACCGCAUUUAUCCGGCAAUCAUUUGGUCAAUUUAAAGCAUAAACAAAUGAUGAAUCAACGUAAACAAAACGGUAAGCAUAUCGAUAAGGGUACGGACGAAUAUCGUCGACGACGCGAACGUAACAAUAUUGCCGUACGAAAGAGUCGCGAAAAGGCAAAGGUUCGUUCACGCGAAGUUGAAGAAAAGGUGAAAACACUGAUCAAAGAAAAAGAUGCAUUGAUACGACGUCUCGAAGAAAUGACAAACGAAAUUCAAUUGCACAAACAAUUGUACGUGCACUUAAUGAAUCACAACAAUCCAGAAGUAAAUAAUAUCUGUCGUAAUGUAUUAAGCUUAGUUAGUAACGAUCACGGUAUGUGAAGAAUGGAAAGAAUGAUAUAUAUAUAUGUAUAAAAGAAAAAACAAAGAAACAAACGAUGAAAAAAAAACAUACAUGAAAGAGAAUGCACGAAUGAGAACCAGCGCCAAUGAGCAAAGAAUAGGUGAAUGAAAGAGAGAAAGAGUGAGAUUAAGUUGAGUGUAAGAUCGCACUAAUACAAAUAACAAAAUAUAUACGUAUAAAAUGAUGGAAAAAGAAAACAAAAGAAAUAACAAAAAAAAAUUCAAGUAAAAUCGCAUUAAAGUAAGCUGAAUUAAAUUUGAAGUAAAGACAGUAAACAACAUGUGCGCGCGCAAAAGUUAAAUUCAAAAUAACAAAAUAUAUUUUAAUAAAAUACACAUAUUUAUUGUAUUCAAGACAAAUUGGCUAAAGCACGCAGACCUUAUACACCGGUGAACUCGACUUUUUUGCCUCUCACAUUCAUUUUUUCACCACAAUUCACACGCAGGAACUUUAUACAAGAGAAAAAGCGCCAGAACAAAUCACAAAUAGUACCGAUCAUAACCAAAAAUAUAGCCAGUAAAUGCGACGUUUCAUUUUUUUUUAAUUUAAUUUGUAUUUCUAUAAUUGUUAUUUUUCGAUGCGAAUGACUCAAAACCACAAAGAGUCUUCAGUAAAAUGUCAACUGCUAUUUCGCAUUUUUUUUCUAUCUCUCUCUCUCUUAAACUUGCCAAAGACUUUCUUCAACGAUCACAAUUAAAUCAAAUCUUUGCUACGACACGACCCAUUUACCAAACAUUUAUUUAUGGUAAAAAUUCGAUUUCAAAUUCAAUGAGAUCGACAUUUCAUAAUGGAUUGCUUUCACACAAACACACACAUACCUGUACACAUUUCGGUUAAUAAUGGGCUAGAGUGCAAAUUAAAUGUUAAUUUAAUGACUUAUAAAAAUGUUUGGGUGCUUGCUUCUAUACACAAACUACUUUACGAAAUAGCACCUCUUUUUGUGGAUUUUAAUAUUGGAAUGGAAAGAAAUUUGGAAGUAGGAUUCGGAAAAAAAUGAGAAAAGAUGUUAGAAACCAGUACAAAGCUUAAGUUUUCAGGCACAUCGUAUAUUUUGUUGGACAUUUUAAGCCAUCUCGAGAUUGUAAAUUGAAGUUUCACCCUGAGAGUAGAAGAAAUUUUAAGCCAUGAACACUGAAUCCAUUUUUGCACAGUAUUUGCAUCCAUGCACCCACAUCAAAUGCACAAUUUGGACAAUUGUGCUCGAUCUGGCCGAUCGAAACCAUGUAGACACAAUAAACCACCUAACGCAUUUAAUUGUGCCUGAACUGGCUUGUUUUUAAUCAUUGUGAUAAAAAAAUGAUUGCAUCUAAUAUUUGGUAUUUGAAAUUGUUUUAUAAAUGAAUUUUGCGAAAGCAAUUGAAUGUUUUUCUGCUGAUUGGGGGUGUUUGCUACACGUACAAGUCUGACAUGGAAUAAUUGAGAACGUUUUAGCACAUCCAUUUUUAAGAUCAAACCCAAUGAAAAGUUCGACGAAUAAAAUGCAUUUCAGUCGCUGUGGCAAAAUAUUCUCCUCAUCGAUUCUUCUAUCUUGAUGACUAAUAGAUUGAUUGUUAAUGAAAAUUAUGAUGCAUGUAAUCAUCGCUUAUAUCUAAAGUUCGCAACACGCCCGUGACGGAUAUGUGAUUCAAAAUCACAUAACUCUUACACGCACAUAAUAUGCGGUGCAUGCAAGUUGUGUCCGAAUUCGUGAAGAAAGAAAUACGUUGAAGAUGAUGAAGAGAAAAGACGAUGAAAAUGAAAUGAGUGAACGACAAAGAAGAAGAAGAAGAGACGGCAUCGAGUAACGUAACGCAUUACAAUAAUACUAUAAAGAGACACAUAUAUUAAAACUGAAAACAAAAGCCGAAGCAACGCAGUAAAUAAGUAGGUCAUACAUACAUGUUACUUCCUCGCUUUUUAUGUACACGCAUUUUGAAUUUCAUUUUCGUUUUCAUUUUCAUGCUGAUGUUGUUGUUGCUUGUGUUGUAUGUGCGUUCUUUCUCUCUGUUACACUCGCUAGUUUGCUCUUCUCUUCAAUUCUCAUGCUCUCGGCGUGCGUUCGGACGUACAGAAACAUUUUUGUUUUUGGUUUUGUUUUAAUGUCUAUUCCAAAAUGAAAUACGCGCUCAUGCGUUCGUUCAGCAGUUACAUUAUAUUGAUCAUAGUAUUAGUUGUUGGUUUUAUUUUUCUUUGAAAAAAAAAAGUUUUCUUCUCGAAAAAUUUGUAUUUUCGUUGUCGUUGCCUUUUUUCGCUUGGAUCGACUUCAAUUUUUUUCCUCUUCUUUUCUAUCUCUCGACUAAUAUCGAUAAACCGCAUUCGUAUUUCAUACUUGUUACAUCAAAAUUCGACCGUACAUACAUCAUUACAUGCGAUCAUGCACACAUCUAUCUAUGAGUUUAAAAAAACACACACACACAUAAAGUUUUAGCUACAUUUUAUUCAAUUCGCUCACGUUUUUUUUACAAUGAACGAAGCGAUAAUUGUAAAAGCAUAGUGUGUCAGCGUGCGUUGCACAUUUAUGAAUACACGGGUUUUGUUGAAAUCGUCUCCGUGCAUUUUGUUGUUGUCGCUUUUAGUUUUGGAUUGUGUGGCAUUUUCAUCUUAACGCCGUUUGACACUUACACACAGAGAGACGUUGUACAAAAACUCUAAUUUCGGUGAAUUCAUUCAAUUAAUGAAAACGGUUUUUUGCCAUUCACAAAAAAAACAAUGACAAGUAAUCAUUACGAUUCGUUGUUACAUGCUUUGGAAUUUGUUUGUUUUUUUUUUGUUUUCGGGACGACUCGCACAUCGUGUGUGUGUGUGUGUGUGUGUGUGUGUAUACCAAAUAAUGUUCGAAUGCGCAGUGCGCACACGGAUCGAGAAACACUCGUGAACUUUAUUAGAUGCUAUUUCGAAAUCAUAGUUUUAUUACGUGCAGAUAUAACGCUCUAUUCAGGCGCUUCGAUACAUGUGUUUUUAAGAGAGUGUGAUAUUUCCACAAAAUAAACUAUUUACACUGAAGAAUAGUUUGUAGCUCAAAAUACGAACGCGUUCACAUUCUUUUCUUCGUGUCUUGAAUAUAAUACCAAAAGGCCCAAGUAAUUAGAAGCGAAUGUGCCGAUAAAUAUCAUGCAAUACCAAAAAGUAUUACUGUGCUGUUCACAGCGUGAUGAUUCUUAUCACCGUGCUUGUACUAAAUCUGUUUUAUAGAUUGGGCCUUUUCGGCGAAUGCAACCAAUUUUUUGCUUCAACGCAAUAAUAUGCCUCCCUUUCCGACAUAUAUGACUAAUACAGGAUGACAAAACCAACACAAAUCAUUAAAAGCUCAGCCGAGAUUUGAUUCUUUGGAAAAAUGAACUAAAAUCCAUCAAUUUCUUUACCGAAUAUACCAAUUUCAUCGCAAGCGAAAAACAAUGCGAGCCAAAGAAAGGAAAACUUAAGUCGAGUUCAAUCGCUCUGCAAGUAAAUUUUUACUAUUUCGAAUUCAAUUUUGGAUGAAAGAGAGUGUUUAUUGAGAUGUUGAAUAAUAAUGUUAAAGCGAAGAUGAAAAAAAUAUAUUAAAAACGUUCUAUAUUGUGAUUGCUUUUAUUAUAAAUUAAAUAGCCGAAUUACAAAUAUAAGCACCAGUUACCUGUAUAAAGUGAAAAGAAAAAAAAAUCAUAAACGAAUGGAUUCAUUGUGCAAUAAAUUGAUUUUAGCAAAAGAAAAAAAAUUAAAUAACAUCGAGGAAAAUACCGAUAAAAGCGGCCGAAUAACGUUACUAAAUGAUUUUCAAAAAGACAUGAAUCGUUGGUUACCACGAAAACGGGUAUUUUAUUCAAUUUUUUUUUCUCGCUCAUAAAAUAUAUAUAUAUACAUUUUUAAUCAUAAUUCUUUGAAUGAACUUGAUGAUUGGCAUCAAAGGCGCAGCUACUUUAGGCUGGUGCUGUACAACCAUAGUUAGUUACCUAAACAAAACUUAGAAGAAUAAAAACAAACAAACAAAUUGUCGAUGUUUCUUUAACUUUCAUUAUGAAUUGGCCUGAUCAUAGUUUCGAUUGUCGAACUGGUGAAAAAUUGGCAGCAAAAUGAGAGAAAAGCAAACAACAAAAUCGACCGAUUUUUAUUUGUUCGUCUUUUUUUUGUAAUAAUAAUAAACAUACGUAACAAAAAAAAAAUACAAAACACAUUUGGAGUUGCAUUUAUUGAACUUUCUGCGAUUGAAAGUGAGAUUAAAUAAGCGAAAUUCGAAAAAGCCAUUUCGGAUCAGAGAAUAUUCUUUUUUUAGACUGUAGAUAUGCACAAAUUACGCACACCGCGAUUUACCAACCACUUCCUACCAUCACAUUUGCAAUCAUUUUCAUGGGAAUGCCGGAACAUUUCUCGAAACGGAAAACGGUUCGUUCCGGCAUUCUUUUUAUAGUGAUUUUCUUUAUAUCACGCAUGAUUUUGUGCGUUAUUUUAAAUUCAUUCAACAUCGAAUGUCCACCAACCCAACAUUGUUCGUUCUAUUUUUGUUUUGUAAGAGAAUUCAUAAUUUCAUUAGAUUUCCUUUUCUACUCUAUUUUUUUCUUCUUCAAAAUAGUACUAAUUAAGCAUUCAUUUUAUAAUUUUAUCCCAUGAAAAUGACGAAGAUAAAACCGCGCAUAUUUGAUGGAGAAGGUUUAGCGAAUUUUUAUUUUGUUUUUUUUUUCUUCUGUAGACUUUAAGAUUUAUAUUAUUCAAAGAUUAUAUAUCUGCGCAUUUCGGUUUGUAGCUUUCUUUCGUGUUUAGUAAUGAGUUAAUAAGGACAGUUUAUUUUCCAUUUUAUUCUUCUUUUAAUUUUAAGAUAAAGAGAAUAUGGACAAAAUUUGCAAAGCAACUGUCCAAAAGAAAUGAAUUUUUAAUUUCUUUUUUGUUUUGUUUUUAUUUUUUUAUCAACUAAAAUAUGUGUUUUUUUUUCUGUAAACAUUAAGUUACCCAUUGUAAUCGUAUUUAAGUUUUAUUUAAAUCAAAUAUAAAGCAUGAAAAUAGAAACAAAAAAAAAUUAUUAUAAAAUAACAAAAUUUCAAAUGCCGGGCAAGUUACCAAGGUUAUAGAAUAUAGGAUCUCUGUAUGUUCAUGCCGAUGUGAUGCAAUCGAGUGCGAAUUGUUGCUGUCGUGGAAAAGUUAUGUUCGAUAAACAUCAUCAACAACAGUGCAUAUUCAAAGUGUAAAUUGAUGACAAAAUAACUCGUUGUUUUCAUGCAUUGCUGUUGAUGACAUUCAGUCCAAACCAUAAAUCAUUUGAGGAAACGAAAAAGCACAGAGAUUUUUUCUCACUUUUCCAUUGCUGAUUUCAAUUUCAUCGUUUGCAUCCGUUUUGCGCAGAGCAACUUAGAUCGAUACACAAGCAAAUAUAUAUAUAAUAAUGUAAAUUUAUUGUAAAUUUUUGGUUAUAUGUGAAGUUUGUCUCAUUUUAUUUUCAGUUCUUUUUUAGGAUAAGAUUUAUUCAUACGCAUAUUUAAUUUAAUAUAUAUAAUAUAUGGUUUAUAAACAUAGAUAUGUAUUGUGUUAGCAUUUUCGUUUAACGAAAUAAAAAAAGUGUUUGAUGAGUAAGCAAGAUCGCGGCAAAGAUCGAGAUCGUUAGUUACUUAUUCAACAAUGACAACAACAAAAAAUGUACUUUGUUAGAAAACGUAGCAUAAAAAUCGCAAUGAAUUCUAUGUAUAUCGUUUUGUUUUAUUUUUCUUUCCUGCAUUUUUCCUGCUUUUGUAAAAUUUAACGGACACCAUUGAAACACUGAGAAGGUGAUAGGAUCUGGUCAAAAGAAAAAUUAUCACAAAAAAAAACAAUCAUCUGUGCCUGCCUUGAACAGAUGGCAAAAGUGAUUUCGCGAUAAAAAUCUGUGUCCGAUAACAAUUGCAAAAGCAGAAAAAAUUAAGAAGAAUUUUUGUCUGCAAAAUAACACGCAAACACAAAUCACAACCAAAUUGUACAAUAUGUUGCAUUUGUGGUUGCGUGCCACGGAAAGAACACAUCUAAUAUUUUCGUUAAAGUUGAAAAAAAAAAAUGAUGAACAAGAAAAAAUGGUUACAGUUUAUUUACAUGAUGAAUUUUAGUUUUCUAUGUGGAACCAAUGUAUUAGAUUUAUAUAGACAAUUUUUUUUUGAAUAAAUACGCACACAUUUUCAAAAUGUA